AUGCCUGAGUUAGCACUAUCAAAUGAUGAUUUGAAUGGAAUAUUUGCAGCCAGUCAGUCCAACCCAGCACAAUCAGACACCCAACCCACUCAUCGAACCCUGAUCGGGAGAUGUCGAUUCAUCCCAGAUGGUCGAUCGUCCUACUUCACUCUCCGUGAUGCUCUCAUAGCAGAUUCAGGACCGGAUGUCAAUCUUGGACCAAAAAAACAUGAUGCGAUCUGGUCAGGGGGGAAUACUCUGAUCAGCAUACGAGAUGACACUGUACCGAUGUCCAAUGGUACCGAUACAACAGUGAAGAGUUAUCAAGGCUUGAGUUGGGAUACCAAACAUGUCAGAGGGGAGAUGUACGGCAGGUCCAAAGAUGGUCACGACAUAUUCAUGGGGAGAACGGAAAAGAGUAUCAGGAUCAUAUCGAAGAAGACUUUACUUGCUGAUAGUGAAUUUGCACAGGGGUAUCACUGGGUCAAAAGUAAGGGUUUGGAAGAAGUUAUGGAAACUUUAGAUGAUUAUGAGCGUUAUAAGCUCAAUAAAGCUUUAUCACGUCCCUCUGAGUGGAACGCUUUUUAUAAUUCUACAGUUGAAGGUGGCAUAGAGUAUGAACCUGCUAGAAAAGAACCUGUCGAACUGCAUGUAUUGAUCGUGGGUUAUUUCCAAGCGGUCCAAGAGACUGAGACCAAGGACGAGGCUAUUGCCAGUGGUUGCAAGAGGAAUCGAGAGAGGGUCAGACAAGUGGAUGAGAUUGAUUUGGACUACGAGAUCAUAGAGAAUUGA